GAGCGCCGGCCAGCUCACCCGGUCGCCCCGUGCCUCAGCCGCCGCCACCGCCGCCGCGCUCCCGAGCCCAGCCCCAAGCCGAACCUCCCGGGGCGCCCGUGCCUCACUGCGCUCGCUCCAGGUCCCCAACCCGGCCCGCGCCCCGGGCCGCGGGCCAGCGGGGCCAGGGGGCGCUCGGCACCUGGGCACUCCGAGCAAUGCGCAGCGGGGCAGCGCCGGCCCCGCCGAUGGAGCUGCUGCUGCCGCCGCCGCCGCCCGGCGCGCCCCGCUCCGCCCGCGCCCCGUGCGCCUGAGCGCCGAGCUCGCUCCUCCUCCGCGCCAACUCAGCCGCUCGCUCCCCAGGCCGCCCGUGCUCCCAGCGCACCUCCGUGGGCUCCACGCGUCUUGCCCCGCCGAGGCAACCUCCUCCGGGCGCGGACCCCUGCACACUAUGGCCCCCGGGCGGACGGAGGAAGGCGCCGCGGUGCGCGCCCGCCUGGUGCUGGCCUUCGCGCUGGCGAGUGUUCUGAGCGGCCCCCCCGCUGCCGCCUGCCCCACCAAGUGUACCUGCUCCGCCGCCAGCGUGGACUGCCACGGGCUGGGCCUCCGGGCGGUUCCCCGGGGCAUCCCCCGCAACGCCGAGCGCCUUGACCUGGACAGAAAUAACAUCACCAGGAUCACCAAGACCGAUUUCGCUGGACUCAAGAACCUCCGAGUCUUGCAUCUGGAAGACAACCAGGUCAGCGUCAUCGAGAGAGGCGCCUUCCAGGAUCUGAAGCAGCUGGAGCGAUUGCGCCUGAACAAGAAUAAACUCCAGGUCCUCCCGGAACUGCUUUUCCAGAGCAACCCGAAGCUCACCAGACUAGAUCUGAGCGAAAACCAGAUCCUGGGGAUCCCGAGGAAGGCGUUCCGAGGCAUCGCAGACGUGAAGAACCUGCAACUAGACAACAACCGCAUCAGCUGCAUUGAAGAUGGAGCCUUCCGAGCGCUGCGUGAUUUAGAGAUCCUCACUCUCAAUAACAACAACAUUAGCCGCAUCCUGGUCACCAGCUUCAACCACAUGCCGAAGAUUCGAACCUUGCGCCUCCACUCCAACCACCUCUACUGCGACUGUCACCUGGCCUGGCUCUCAGAUUGGCUGCGACAGCGGCGGACCAUCGGCCAGUUCACUCUCUGCAUGGCUCCUGUGCACCUGAGGGGCUUCAACGUGGCGGACGUGCAGAAGAAGGAGUACGUGUGCCCAGGCCCGCACUCAGAGCCUCCAUCCUGCAAUGCCAACUCCAUCUCCUGCCCUUCAGCCUGCACUUGCAGUAAUAACAUCGUGGACUGUCGAGGGAAGGGCUUGAUGGAGAUCCCCGCCAACUUGCCAGAGGGCAUCGUUGAAAUACGCCUGGAACAGAACUCCAUCAAAUCCAUCCCCGCUGGAGCCUUCACCCAAUACAAGAAACUGAAGCGAAUAGACAUCAGCAAGAAUCAGAUCUCGGACAUCGCUCCAGACGCCUUCCAGGGUCUGAAAUCACUCACAUCUCUGGUGCUCUAUGGGAACAAGAUCACCGAGAUUGCCAAGGGAUUGUUUGACGGGCUGGUGUCCCUACAGCUGCUGCUCCUCAAUGCCAACAAGAUCAACUGCCUGCGGGUGAACACGUUUCAGGACCUGCAGAACCUCAACCUGCUCUCCCUGUACGACAACAAGCUUCAGACCAUCAGCAAGGGGCUCUUUGCCCCUCUGCAGGCCAUCCAGACGCUCCACUUAGCCCAAAACCCAUUUGUGUGCGACUGCCACUUGAAGUGGCUGGCCGACUACCUCCAGGACAACCCCAUCGAGACCAGCGGGGCCCGCUGCAGCAGCCCGCGCCGGCUGGCCAACAAGCGCAUCGGCCAGAUCAAGAGCAAGAAGUUCCGCUGCUCAGGCUCGGAGGAUUACCGCAGCAGGUUCAGCAGCGAGUGCUUCAUGGACCUCGUGUGCCCGGACAGGUGCCGCUGCGAGGGCACCAUCGUGGACUGCUCCAACCAGAAGCUGGCCCGUGUCCCAAGCCACCUCCCCGAAUACGUCACCGACCUCCGACUGAACGACAAUGAGAUAUCUGUUCUAGAGGCCACUGGUAUCUUCAAGAAGUUGCCCAACCUGCGGAAAAUAAACUUGAGUAACAACAGGAUCAAGGAGGUGAGAGAGGGUGCCUUCGACGGAGCGGCCAGCCUGCAGGAGCUGAUGCUGACGGGGAACCAGCUGGAAACGGUGCAUGGGCGCGUGUUCCGUGGCCUCAGCGGCCUCAAGACCUUGAUGCUGAGGAGUAACCUCAUCAGCUGUGUGAGCAAUGACACCUUUGCUGGCCUGAGUUCAGUGAGGCUGCUGUCCCUCUACGACAAUCGGAUCACCACCAUCACCCCCGGAGCCUUCACCACGCUCGUCUCCCUGUCCACCAUAAACCUCCUGUCCAACCCCUUCAACUGCAACUGCCACCUGGCCUGGCUCGGCAAGUGGUUGAGGAAGAGGCGAAUCGUAAGUGGGAACCCCCGGUGCCAGAAGCCCUUCUUCCUCAAGGAGAUUCCCAUCCAGGACGUGGCCAUCCAGGACUUCACCUGUGAAGGCAACGAUGAGAGCAGCUGUCAGCUGGGGCCGCGCUGCCCCGAGCAGUGCACCUGCAUGGAGACGGUGGUGCGAUGCAGCAACAAGGGGCUCCGCACCCUCCCCAAAGGCAUCCCCAAGGACGUGACGGAGCUGUACCUGGAAGGAAACCACUUAACAGCCGUGCCCAAGGAGCUGCCCACCCUCCGACACCUGACACUCAUUGACCUGAGCAACAACAGCAUUGGCACGCUGACCAACUACACCUUCAGUAACAUGUCUCACCUCUCCACCCUGAUCCUGAGCUACAACCGGCUGCGAUGCAUCCCCAUCCACUCCUUCAACGGGCUGCGGUCCCUCCGAGUGCUAACCCUCCAUGGCAACGACAUCUCCAGCGUUCCCGAAGGCUCCUUCAAUGACCUGACCUCUCUUUCCCAUCUGGCACUGGGAACCAACCCACUCCACUGCGACUGCAGCCUGCGUUGGCUGUCGGAGUGGGUGAAGGCCGGGUACAAGGAGCCUGGCAUCGCCCGCUGCAGUAGCCCCGAGCCCAUGGCUGACCGACUCCUACUCACCACACCCACCCACCGCUUUCAGUGCAAAGGGCCAGUGGACAUCAACAUUGUGGCCAAGUGCAAUGCCUGCCUUUCCAGCCCAUGCAAGAACAACGGGACAUGUACCCAGGAUCCCGUGGAGCAGUACCGCUGCGCCUGCCCCUACGGCUACAAGGGAAAAGACUGCACGAUGCCCAUCAACACCUGCCUCCAGAACCCCUGUCUGCACGGAGGCACCUGCCACCUGAGCGAGAGCCACAGUGAUGGGUUCAGCUGCUCCUGCCCCCUGGGCUUCGAGGGGCAGCGGUGUGAGAUCAACCCAGACGACUGCGAGGACAGCGACUGUGAGAACAACGCCACCUGUGUGGACGGGAUCAACACCUAUGUGUGUGUGUGCCCACCAGACUACACAGGUGAGCUGUGCGACGAGGUGAUCGACCACUGCGUGCCCGGGAUGAACCUCUGUCAGCAUGAGGCAAAGUGCGUCUCCCUGGACAGAGGAUUCAGGUGCGAAUGUCUCCCUGGCUACAGCGGGAAGCUCUGCGAGGUGAACAGUGAUGACUGCGCAGCCCACAGGUGCCGCCAUGGGGCCCAGUGCGUGGAUGCGGUCAACGGCUACACGUGCAUCUGCCCCCAGGGCUUCAGCGGGCUCUACUGCGAGCACCCCCCGCCCAUGGUCCUGCUACAGACAAGCCCCUGCGACCAGUACGAGUGCCAGAACGGGGCCCAGUGCAUCGUGGUGCAGCAGGAGCCCACCUGCCGCUGCCCCCCGGGCUUUGCCGGCCCAAGGUGCGAGAAGCUCAUCACCGUCAACUUCGUGGGCAAGGACUCCUACGUGGAACUGGCCUCCGCCAAGGUCCGGCCCCAGGCCAACAUCUCCCUGCAGGUGGCCACAGACAAGGACAACGGCAUCCUUCUCUACAAGGGAGACAAUGACCCCCUGGCACUGGAGCUGUACCAGGGCCACGUGAGGCUCGUCUACGACAGCCUGAGCUCCCCGCCGACCACGGUGUACAGCGUGGAGACCGUGAAUGACGGGCAGUUUCACAGUGUGGAGCUGGUGAUGCUAAACCAGACCCUGAACCUGGUGGUGGACAAAGGAGCCCCCAAAAGCCUGGGGAAGCUCCAGAAGCAGCCAACAGUGGGCAUCAACAGCCCCCUCUACCUUGGAGGCAUCCCCACCUCCACGGGCCUCUCGGCCUUGCGCCAGGGCGCGGACCGGCCGCUGGGCGGCUUCCACGGCUGCAUCCACGAGGUGCGCAUCAACAACGAGCUGCAGGACUUCAAGGCCCUCCCGCCGCAGGCCCUGGGCGUCUCGCCGGGCUGCAAGUCCUGCAGCGUGUGCAGGCACGGCCUGUGCCGUGCCGUGGAGAAGGACAGCGUGGUGUGCGAGUGCCACCCAGGCUGGACCGGCCUGCUGUGCGACCAGGAGGCCCACGACCCCUGCCUCGGCCACAGCUGCAGUCAGGGGAGAUGCGUGGCCACUGGGACCUCCUAUGUGUGCAAGUGCGCCGAGGGCUACAGAGGGGCCUUGUGUGACCACAAGAAUGACUCUGCCAACGCCUGCUCAGCCUUCAAGUGUCACCACGGGCAAUGCCACGUCUCAGACCAAGGGGAGCCCUACUGCCUGUGCCAGCCCGGCUUUAGUGGGGAACACUGCGAACAAGAGACUCCAUGCCUGGGGGGGGUAGUCCGAGAGGUGAUCCGCCGCCAGAAAGGUUAUGCCUCGUGUGCCACGGCCUCCAAGGUGCCCUUAAUGGAAUGUCAUGGGGGCUGCGGUCCCCAGUGCUGCCAGCCCACCCGCAGCAAGCGGCGGAAAUACGUGUUCCAGUGCACAGACGGCUCCUCGUUCGUGGAAGAGGUGGAGAGACACUUAGAGUGCGGCUGCCGCCCGUGUUCCUAAGGCCCCCCGCAGCCCUUCCGCCUCCCAGACUCCAGCCGGGUGGGUGGGGACGGCCACGUGGGACCCCCCCCACGAGAUUCGCAGUGAAGCAGUAGAAGCUGGAAAGGAAGCAAAAGAAGAGAAUAUUAAGUAUAUUGUAAAAUAAACAAAAAAUAGAACUUAUUUUUAUUAUGGAAAGUGACUAUUUUCAUCUCUUAUUAUAUAAAUAUAUCACACCAUCUGAGUAUAUGUACCAUAUAGUGAGUUAUUUUUACCGACCUUUUUGUCCUGUGUUGUGUAUUUGUCGUGUUUUUAUAAACAGCUGUUAAAAGUUUUAAGAAAAAAGGCUAAUAAAAAUGUUUUAAAAC